GAGAGAGAAGAUGAGUGAUGCCGGGAUGGAAGUAUUUGGGCUGGCCGCACCCUACCUGCGCAAAACCGAGCGGGAACGAAUCGCGGCCCAGAACAUGCCAUUCGACGCCAAGGUGGCUGUCUUUGUACCCGACCCCAAACACGAGUACGUGAAGGGCAAGAUAACGAGCCAAAAUGGCACCAGCGUCAGCGUGGAGACGGAAGGCGGCAAGAUGGUGAUGGUGCACCAGGACGACCUUCGGCCCAUGAACCCGCCAAAGUUCGAUAAAAUCGAGGAUAUGGCUCGUCUGACGCAUCUUCACGAGCCGGCCGUGCUCUUCAACCUCAAAGAGCGAUAUGCUGCCUGGAUGAUUUACACAUACUCUGGUCUUUUCUGCGUGACCAUUAAUCCGUACAAGUGGUUGCCCGUCUACAACCCCGAAGUGGUGGCGGCUUAUCGCGGGAGGAAGCGUCAGGAGGCCCCCCCGCACAUCUUCUCAAUUUCUGACAAUGCCUACCAGUAUAUGCUCACAGAUCGAGAGAAUCAGUCUCUCCUCAUCACAGGCGAGUCCGGCGCGGGCAAGACAGUCAACACCAAGCGAGUGAUCCAAUAUUUUGCGACAAUCGCAUCGUUGGGAGACUCCAGUAAGAAGGAGCAACUUCCUGACAAAGUGCAGGGAACGCUAGAGGAUCAAAUCAUCCAAGCCAACCCUCUGCUGGAAGCUUUUGGGAAUGCCAAGACUGUGAGGAAUGACAACUCAUCUCGAUUUGGGAAAUUUAUCCGGAUCCACUUUGGGACUAAGGGCAAGUUGGCAUCGGCUGAUAUUGAAACAUAUCUGUUGGAGAAAUCCCGGGUGACCUUCCAACUGCCGGCAGAGAGAAGCUACCACAUCUUCUACCAGAUCAUGUCCAAUAAGAAGCCUGAUCUCAUCGACAUGCUGCUGAUCACGUCCAAUCCUUUCGACUAUCCCUUCAUAAGUCAAGGCGAGAUCAGCGUGCUGAGCAUCAACGACGCGGACGAGCUGAUGGCCACGGAUAGUGCCAUCGACAUCCUGGGCUUCAACGCGGAAGAGAAGCUUGGCAUCUACAAGCUCACUGGAGCUGUGAUGCAUAACGGGAACAUGAAGUUCAAGCAGAAGCAGCGUGAAGAACAAGCUGAACCUGACGGCACUGAGGUGGCUGACAAAGUUGCCUACCUCAUGGGGCUGAAUUCCGCCGACCUGCUCAAGGCUCUGUGCAAUCCCAGGGUGAAGGUCGGCAAUGAGUAUGUCACUAAAGGCCAGACGCCUCAACAGGUGAACAACGCUAUGGGUGCCCUGUCCAAGGCUGUGUAUGAGAAGCUCUUCCUGUGGAUGGUCACCAGGAUCAACCAGCAGCUUGAUACCAAACUCCCGAGGCAACACUUUAUUGGCGUGUUGGAUAUAGCAGGGUUUGAAAUUUUUGAGAUGAACAGUCUGGAGCAGCUGUGCAUCAACUUCACCAACGAGAAGUUGCAGCAGUUCUUCAACCACCACAUGUUUGUGCUGGAACAAGAAGAAUACACAAAGGAAGGCAUCGAAUGGGAGUUCAUUGACUUUGGCCUGGACCUGGCAGCCUGCAUUGAGCUCAUUGAGAAGCCAAUGGGUAUCUUCUCCAUUCUGGAAGAGGAGUGCAUGUUUCCAAAGGCCACGGACAUGUCCUUUAAGAAUAAACUUUACGACCAACACCAGAGCAAGAACACCAUCUUCCAGAAGCCCAAACCUUCCAAAGGAAAGUCCGAAGCUCACUUCUCACUAAUGCACUACGCCGGCACGGUGGACUAUAACCUCAGCGGCUGGUUGGAGAAGAACAAGGACCCGCUGAACGACACUGUGGUGCAGUUAUACCAGAAAUCACCCAUCAAGUUGCUCUCCCAGCUCUUCGCGACAUACUCCUCAGCGGACGCUGAUGGAAGCAAGAAAAGCUUCAAGAGAAAGGGUUCAUCUUUCCAGACGGUCUCUGCACUUUUUAGGGAAAACCUCAACAAGCUGAUGGCCAACCUCAGGUCCACACAUCCACACUUUGUCAGGUGCAUCAUCCCUAAUGAGACAAAGACUCCUGGGGCGAUGGACCACCAUCUGGUUCUGCAUCAGCUUCGCUGUAACGGGGUACUGGAAGGAAUCCGGAUCUGUCGGAAGGGAUUCCCCAGUAGAAUCCUCUAUGGAGACUUCAGACAGAGGUACAGGAUUCUUAAUGCCAGCGCCAUCCCUGAGGGACAGUUCAUGGACAGUAAGAAGGCAUCAGAGAAACUACUGUCUUCCAUCGACGUGGACCACGCCCAGUACAGAUUUGGAUAUACAAAGGUCUUCUUCAAAGCAGGCCUCCUGGGCCUUCUUGAAGAGAUGAGGGAUGAGCGUCUGGCCGUGUUGAUGACUCGUAUCCAGGCUGUGGCCAGAGGUUACGUCACCAGGUUGAAGCUCAAGGAGAUGGCAAAGAAAAGAGAGUCCAUUUUCAUCAUCCAGUACAACAUCCGCUCAUUCAUGAACGUGAAGAAUUGGCCUUGGAUGAGGCUCUUCUUCAAGAUCAAACCUCUACUGCGGUGUGCCGAGGCGGAGAAGGAGAUGCAGAGUUUGAGAGAGGAACUUGUGCGGCUCAAGGAGGACCUGGCCAGGUCUGAGGCUCGAAGGAAAGACAUGGAGGAGAAAACAGUGGGGCUCGUCCAGGAAAAGAAUGAUCUCCACUUUCAAAUCCAAGCAGAACGGGAGAACCUGUGCGAUGCAGAGGAGAGGUGUGAAGGUCUGAUCAAGAGGAAGAUUCAUCUGGAGGCUAAAGUCAAAGAAUUCUCAGAAAGGUUGGAAGAAGAAGAGGAGAUCAAUGCAGACGUUACGGCAAGGAGGCGAAAGCUGGAGGAUGAAAGUGCGGAGCUCAAACGGGACGUCGACGAUCUGGAGCUGAUCGUUGCCAAAGUCGAGAAGGAGAAACAUGCUACUGAAAACAAGGUCAAGAACUUGAUGGAGGAGGUAACCAUGUUGGAGGAUAAUCUGAUGAAGUCCUCUAAGGACUAUAAAGCCUUGCAGGAGGUUCACGAGCGGAUGCGUGACGACCUCCAGACUGAAGAAGAUAAAGCCAAUGUUCUAAUGAAGACAAGGAUUAAGUUGGAACAACAGGUUGACGAUCUGGAGGGCUUACUGGAGCAGGAGAAGAAAGUGAGAGCUGACUUGGAGCGAUCCAGAAGAAAGAUCGAGGGAGACCUGAAGCUGAGUCAGGAGACCAUUAUGGACUUUGAGAAUGAGAAGAUGCAGAUGGAGGACGGACUCAAUAAAAAAGAUUUGGAAAUCAGAAACCUGCACAACAAAGUGGAGGAUGAGCAAGCCCUCACCACGCAGCUGCAAAAGCAGAUUAAAGAACUUCAGGCUCGCAUAGGUGAGCUGGAGGAAGAAACAGAAUCAGAGCGCGCCACCAGGGCCAAAGCGGAGAAGCAAAGGUCGGAUCUAUGCAGGGAGCUGGAGGAGAUCAACGAGAGGCUGGAGGCGGCCGGAGGAGCCACCAACGCUCAGCUGGAGAUGAACAAGAAGCGUGAGGCCGAGUUACAGAGGCUGCGUCGUGACCUGGAAGAGGCCACCCUACACCACGAAGCCGUCACCGCGGCUCUACGCAAGAAGCAGGCGGACAGCGUCGCACACCUCGGAGAACAAAUUGACAAUCUACAGCGAAUCAAGCAAAAGCUAGAGAAGGACAAAAGUGAACUGAAGAUGGAGCUCGAGGACAUGGCGAGCCAUAUGGAGACUGUUGUGAAGAGCAAGUCCAACAUGGAGAGGACCUGCCGCAACCUUGAAGAACAAAAUAGCGAGUACAAGACCAAGGUGGACGAAGCCCAGAGAACCCUCAGCGACUACGCCACUACCACUGCACGACUGCAGACGGAGAAUGGCGAACUUUCUCGACUGGUGGAGGAGAAAGAAGCGGCGCUAAACCAGAUGAACAGAAGCAAAGCAGCCAUCAGUCAUCAGAUUGAAGAGCUCAAGAGACUUCUGGAUGAAGAAAUUAAGGAAAAAAAUGCCCUCGCACACAGUUGUCAGUCUUCCCGUCACGACUGCGAUCUUCUAAGGGAACAAUAUGAAGAGGAACAGGAGGCGAAAGCUGAACUGCAGCGUUCCCUCUCCAAGGCUAACUGUGACGUGGCCCAGUGGAGAAGCAAGUACGAGACAGAUGCCAUACAGCGCACCGAGGAAUUGGAGGAAGCCAAGAAGAGGUUGGUCCAACGACUGCAGGAAUACGAGGAGUCGACAGAGAUGGCAAAUGCGAAAAGUGCGUCCCUGGAGAAGACCAAGCAGAGGUUGCAGGUUGAGGUGGAGGACCUGAUGGUAGAGCUUGAAAGGGCAAAUGCAGCCAAUGCUACCUUGGAUAAAAAACAGAGAAAUUUCGACAAGGUCCUGUCUGACUGGAAGCAAAAGUGUGAAGAGAGUCAUUCAGAUCUGGAAGUGUCUCAGAAAGAGUCCAGAGCUCUUAGCACUGAAGUCUUUAAACUCAAGAAUUCAUACGAAGAAGCUUUGGAGCACCUGGAGAGCAUGAAGAGAGAGAAUAAAAACCUUCAACAGGAGAUCACAGACAUCAGCGAGAACAUCGGACAGUCAGCUAAAAUAAUGCGCGAGCUAGAGAAAACUGCAAAGCAAUCUGAGCAGGAGAAGAAAGACACUCAGGUGGCACUUGAAGAGGUUGAGUCAUCUCUGGAACACGAGGAGGCCAAAAUUCUUCACCUUGAACUGGAGCUGAACCAGCUCAAAUUAGAGGUUGAAAGAAAGGUGGCAGAGAAAGAUGAAGAGAUAGACCAGUUGAAGAGGAACCACCAAAGGACCGUGGACACCUUGCAGAGCACCCUGGAGGCCGAGACACGCAGCCGUAACGAUGCCCUCCGGAUGAAGAAGAAGAUGGAAGGGGACAUAAAUGAGAUGGAGAUUCAGCUCAGCCACGCUAACCGCCAAGCUUCUGAGGCCACAAAGCAAAUGAGGAACCUUCAAAUCCAGUUGAAGGACACACAAGUCCACCUCGAUGAAGCACUCCACAGUCAGGAGGACAUCAAGGAACAACUGGCCAUCACAGAACGCCGUAACAUUCUGAUGACAACCGAGAUUGAGGACGUGACGGCAGCUUUGGAGCAGGCGGAGCGAAGUCGCAAACUGGCUGAGCACGAAUUGAGGGACACUAGCGAGAGGACUCAGCUGCUACACUCGCAGAAUAUCGGCCUCCUGAACUCUAAAAAGAAGAUGGAGAGCGAAUUGGCUCAGCUGCAGUCAGAGAUGGAGGACACAGUCCAGGAGGCAAAGAACACAGAUGAGAAGGCCAAGAAAGCCAUCACAGAUGCGGCUAUGAUGGUCGAGGAGCUGAAGAAGGAGCAGGACACCAGCGCUCAUCUAGAGAGGAUGAAGAAGAACCUGGAGGUGAUGGUGAAGGACCUGCAGCAGCGUCUGGAUGAGGCUGAAAGCCUUGCCAUGAAGGGUGGGAAGAAGGAGCUCCAGAAAAUGGACAAGCGGGUUCGCGAGUUGGAAAAGGAACUGGAGGCGGAGCAGAAACGUGGCUGCGAGGCCAUGAAAGUAGUACGCAAACAUGAGCGGAAGAUUAAAGAGCUGACAUUUCAGGUCAGAGGGUCAUCCUGGUGCCGAACGGCAGGUCCAAGGAAACAUAAUAAUCCUAAUCAUCUUCCUCCUCUGUUCCAGGGAGAAGAGGAGAAGAAGAACGUGGCCAGACUUCAGGAUCUAGUUGACAAACUGCAGCUGAAAGUCAAAGUAUACAAACUGCAGAGUGAGGAGGCGGAGGAACAAACCAGCACCCAGCAGGCCAAGUUUCGGAAAGUACAGCACGAGCUGGAGGCGGCUGAGGAACGAGCAGAUGUCGCCGAGUCGCAGUUGAAUAAACUACGAGCCAAGAGCCGCGACAUUGUCGGCAAAGUGGAGUAGAAAGAUGUCUGAUGUGCUACUUUAGCCAGCGGUGGGAUACAGCGGUAAACAGACUUACAAGUAUUUUAAGUUACAAGAUGCAGUUUGGUCAACUUUUUUGCUUUGUUUUGCAUAAUAAAAUAUUCAAAUUUGGAGUCUAGGUGUGGUCCUACUUUGGAGAGGCUUAUGAUAAUAGUAAUAAUCGUCAUACAUUUUAUUUAUGUAUCUUGUCAAAGUUGCUUGAAUGAAUUUCAAGCUCCAACAUGUUCUCCAACCUUGUGCUUUCAACAUUUGCUAAUGUACGUAUUUCUCCAAUAAAAGCUUUUACAAGUGCUGUA